GAGACUUGAGACUUGAGACUUGAGUCCCACCCCAUGGCAAGAGUUAGAGCACACAAGGUGUCCAACGUGUGAACACAGUGCAGAUAGGAGCAGAGAGCACUGGGCGCCUUGGUCUCGCCCCUUGAAGCAAUGUUUGCUGUUGCUGGCAGAAUGGAAAUGGAAUGGUCCUGGUUGUGCAUCUCAUUCUCUGCCUUGGCUCGACCCGGAUGGGAUGCAGACUUGAGCUCCACCGAGGGGUGCACUGGAAGCUGCUGAAAGGCGGCUCGGCUCCUCAUCAACAUGAGACGCCCAUGUGCGAGCGACAUCCAUCAAGUCCAGUCAAUCUUCAACGUCACGAAGCUAAGCCAAGCCCAGCCCAACCCAAACCCUGGUGUGCUGUGGUGUUGGUGUUGUGUUUUCGUGGGGAAUGGUUGGUGUUGACACAUGUAAAACUCGCUCACUCCCUCGCUGUGAAACCGAUACAGGUACAGUAUAGAUACAGGUACAGUGGUCCCAGAUCUCACACUCAUACCACUAGGACCAGGACCAGGACCAAGACUUGCAGUGAACCGAAAAGCAUGAUAAGAUAUCUGAUAUGAUCAGAUCACGAAUACCGAUGUUUCAUCGACCGAUACUUUUUAAGAAAAUAAAGAGCC